AUGGAGAGGUUUAAGAAAAAUAGCUAUAAAGUUGUAUCCGCUAGCGCAGCAGCUAUUGAAAAUGUAGCUAAACCUGCCGCAAAGCACUCGACAAAAAUAAUGAUUGAAGGCGCCCAACAGAUAUUUACAGGAAUCAACGGAUUCUUUGAAGAAGUCGAUAGAGGGACACAUCGGAAGUUAUCAUGGCUGUUUAAUGGGUUGAAAAAGAUGAACCGGGGUGUAGAAAAGCUGACAACCUACAGUCUUGUCGCAAAUUACCAAGAUACCAUGAACAAUUUAAACAUUGUAGAAAGAGGACUCAAUGCCCAACAAGAAGAUAUGGAAAAAUACUUUAAAAAAGUUGGCAUUGGCAUUGAUAAAAGUUGGGCUUUUUCUAUUGAAAACAGAGAAACCAUUCGAGAAAUUUCUGAAUUUAUUAAGGAAAGCACGAAGGAGUGUAAAAAUAUUCCAUACCAUAAAAUUUGGCAAUACUUUAUGGCAUUCGUUAUUGUACAGGAGCGAGCAAGGCAUUUAUUGUGGAAAGCUGUUAUCGUCCCAAGGACUCCUGAUAUGGCAGCUUCUUUAGAAGAAAUGGCUUAUUACAGCCGAUAUGCAACUGCUAUAUAUGGCAAAUAUCUUAUCAACAUUCUGAUGGAGAAAAAAGUCCUUGAUUUGUUCAAAAAAAUAAAUGAUGACCAAAUCUUUUUAAGAUACUCCAAUACAAGCCAACAAGACCUUGCAUACUCCCAUAUAAAAUCCCAAAGGUUUUUUCCAGGACAUACAAUAUGUUUAAACCAUACCAGAAAAUCCAUAAUUUUAUGCAUCAGAGGUACAAUGUCAGUUUUUGACUGUAUGACUGAUCUCAAAGGUGAAUAUACGUCUCAUGACUACACUGACCCAUUUACAGGCGAAAUUAAAGCGACAGGCUCUGUUCAUAUGGGCAUCAUGGAAUGUGCCAAAAAUUUAGCCACCAAUCUCAAGCCUCUAAUUAUAGAACAACUUGAAAAAUUCCCUGACUACUCCUUAGUAAUAGCUGGACAUAGUCUAGGAGCUGGCUCCACCGCUUUAUUAAGCCUAAUCUGGAUGUCAGACCCUGACAUUAUGAGAAAAGGGUUCAAAGCUUUUGCUUAUGCCCCUCCUGCAGUUGUAUCAGAAAAUCUCAACCAUUAUCUAAAACAAUGUGUCAUGAGCUGCUCACAUGGCAAUGACCUAGUCGUCAGAUGCUCUUUUGGAGCCAUAAAAGACGCAGUUGGGAUGAUCGAGGCGUUUCAUAGAAGAGACCGGACUGCAGGAAUAAAAGCUUCUCAUAUCGUCAAUAAAGAAAUUUUCAAAGGAACUUAUACUGAUACAGAAAUUUUAGCUGUUUAUGAGGACAUAAAAUCAAAUUUCACCAACUAUAAGCUGCAGCCUCCUGGGCAUAUUUUUCAGAUUUAUCAUAGGUUAAGGCAUAGUGACGCCCAAAUUUUGUAUGAGACACAAAAUUUGGAAAAUUUGUAUGUAGGGGAAUUUGUGGAACCGGAGCUGUAUUAUGAAAUUGUGUAUGCCAGGACAAUGCUGAGUGACCAUAUGCCGGAUUUGUAUGAAAAAGGGCUGAAUUUUUUGGUGUAUGGGGAUGAAAAAAGACAGGAAAUUGAGUGUGGGGAGGCCAGUCCUUCGGAAGAGACUCAGGAACCGAAUGAAAAUGAAGCGGUUGUGAGUGAUGAUGAAAGCAAUUAUCUUGAAGCAGAAAAUGAAGAAGUGCAAGUGCAGAGCCAGGAGGAGGCAAAAAUUAAUGAUGACCCUUAUUUGAUGUAA